UUAUGAAAGCUGCUCAGACGAAAGCAGUCAUAGGGUUUAUCAAGUUAAGAUGAACAAAGAAACGUUUUUGGCAGCUGUGGUGGUGACAACAACCAACUGAUGGAUAAGCAACAUUAUUGCAUCAUCAAAUCAUCAUGAUGACCUCACUGCAGCGGCUGGUGGAUUACAUGUACAGUUUUUAGUGAUAAAGAAGAUUAUCGAGUUUCCUUUUGGAUGUGAAACCAGUGGAACAACGACGUCGUCCGUCAGUCCGUGGUCGCCGUGUGUUCAGCAUUCAAUAGUUCCGCCGUCUGGAAAGACAGGUGUUGGAAUGAACAGGUCCAGGUCCAGCCAGCCUCCAGUCACCAGGAUGACCCGCAGCGCCGGGAGCCGACACAUCGAGCCCUCAGAGAAGCUGGACUGUGGGCCAGGUCCGUACGGAAAACAACGGAGAAAGCAGACAGACUCUGCUCUGGCCCAGGACCUCAGUCAGAUGAGAGUGAGUGGACAGGGUGGUCUCAAUACAAGUCCGUCUGCUUCAGCUGUCAAGUCCUCAUCCCGGGGUGGUCUAGCCUCUGUGGCUCGGCUGGUCAAACUUGGUCGCUGCAAGAACGUGGUGGUGGUGGCCGGAGCAGGAAUCAGCACGGCCAGCGGCAUCCCAGACUUCAGAACUCCAGGAACCGGUCUUUACGCCAACUUGGAGAGGUACAACAUCCCUUACCCAGAAGCUAUUUUCAACAUUGACUACUUCUCCAACGACCCGCAGCCCUUCUUCUCCCUGGCCAAGGCUCUGUAUCCCGGUAGCCACCGUCCAAAUUACAUACACUACUUCAUCCGCAUGCUUCAUCGCAAUGGACUGUUGCUCCGAGUGUACACCCAGAAUAUCGACGGCCUGGAGAAAUUGUGUGGCAUCCCAGAUGACAAACUUGUGGAAGCUCACGGUAGUUUUGCCACAGCGGCCUGUCACCUGUGCUACACUGCAUACCCUGCUGAAGAGGCUAAGCAGGCCAUAAUGAAUGAUAAAGUUCCCCUUUGCACAUUCUGUGCUGCAACAGUGAAACCUGACGUUGUGUUUUUUGGAGAGGAUCUUCCUCAGAAGUAUUUCCUUAACACUCAAGACUUCCCCAAAGCAGACCUGCUCAUCAUUAUGGGCACAUCUUUACAGAUUGAGCCAUUUGCCAGCUUGGUGAACACAGUCCGCUCAACUGUGCCCCGCCUCCUCCUGAACCGACACGCUGUGGGUCCCUUUCAGAAGGUCCCACUGCGGAGAGCAGACCACAUGGAACUGGGCGACCUGGAGGAAACAGUGCGGAGGUUUGCUGAAAUGCUCGGCUGGAACGAUGACAUAGAGGAGCUGAUGAGGAGUCAGGAAACACUGAUCCUGCCUACGUUGAUGAGCAGCCCUCUGUCAGUGAGCGACCAGACAUCCUGUCAGAGCAGAGGAUCUCCGGACGGGACGGAGACGUCCAGAGCAGUAGGUCAGAGAGCAGCCGGCAGCGGCAGCGAGGAGACGGACUCAGAGACGGACAGCAAGAGCUCUGCGUCCUCCAGCCAGAGCACCUGAUGCUGCACGUUUCCUAAACAAAGGCACUGGAAAGGUUUCAAGCAGUUCGGUCCUCUUCUGACACUAACACUGUUCUCCAGUUACCUGUUACCAUGCACGAUUCAUUAGAGUUGCACUAAAAUGCACUAAAGGUUUUUUUGUGCAUUUGGACUGAAGGUGCAUCCUGGAAGUCACAGUGUGUCAUAGUUGUAUGUUCAUAUGUAAAUCAAAUAAUCUGUUUAUCAAGCUAUCACAAGCAUAUUUAAAGCACUUAUAGAGCGAGUGUCCAUCAGAACACUACUAUACGUAUAUAUGAGGCCAGUCACAACAAUCCUAAAGUUCCUUCAGGUGUUUUAUAUGUCCCAUGUCAGUCAUCUUGUUAAUGUUUUAUAUCUGCACAACACUGUAUUUUAAACAAAAUUCAAUAAAGGUAUUGUUUAAUUUGAA